ACAUUUAAACAAUUCUAUCAUUUUUUCAGCCGACAUAGAAAGUCUUGUGAUUAAUUACAAAUUCAGGGGAAAAACUUCAAUGUGUUCUGUGAUUUCUAUACUGUGCGUGCUGCUACUGUUAAACUUCAUAGAUAGAUAUUUUAUUUAUCCCCUAGGUGAAAUUCAUGUGUCCAUUGGUUAAUUGUUGUUGAUGAUAAUAAUAAGAAGAAGAAUAAAAAAAACAGUUAAUAACAAAUGAACAAUAAUAAUUAGAUUAGUCCACUUCCUGCAGCGCAGUGAAAUGAGAUGUUUGCUGCACCUGUAGCUGCUUCUCUGUCCUGCCAGAAGGUUGUGGAGAGGAUGGUUGAUAUUGUCUAAGAUUGCCUCCAUCUUACAUUGCAUGCAUCUCUCCACAACAGUCCUGAGUGAGUCCAGACUCCUGCCAAGCACAGACCCAGUCUUCUUGACCAGCUUAUCCAGUCUCCUUGUGUUCGUGUCUGACAUGCUGCUGCCUCAGCAGACUGCUGCAUAAAAGAGUAGGUGCAUUUAUUGUUCAUAGUUAAAAUUGUUGAUAGCAGUGAAACAAAUUAUGAGUGCUUGUAAUACAAACAGUGUUUUUAUUUACCUAUAAAAAAUAUGAAGGCAGGUACAAAAGUGCUGACAAAACUGCGGAGCAGGAUGUGCAAAACAUCAUAGUAUUAAAAAUAUCUGUUAUGUGCAGGAAUAAUACUACGAGGUGUUACUGUAAGGUGGUUGUUGAUGAUUGAUGAGGCCAGAUGCAGAAGAAAAGGCAGGUGCUGGUCCAUCACUGGGGAGGACUGGACUGGGAUUCUGCUCCUGAUACAUUGAUGAUGAUUAAACGUAAUUAAUCCACAGCUACCCUGUGAUUCAUCAGAUUAAACAUUUUAAUCGUUUGGCAGCCCUAGUAAUAAGGUAUUUUCAGGUGAGAGAAAUGUACAAUUCAUUUGUCUCAAUACAGACUGUAUCUGUCUCUCUCUUUAUGUACAGUUUGAUUAAAGGAGGCAGCAAAGUCUCACAAACCUUAAGCUCUGUGAGAAAAGCAACAUUUUGUCACUUAAUAAAUUUUGUGAGAAGAAAAAAAAGAACAGAUUAAAUAAAAACCAGAAGAAUCUGUUUUGUCAGCAUGAAAAUCUUGUAGCUGUUCACCUUUGAGGUCAGUCUCUAAAACUGAGAUCACCAAAGCGACACUAUCAGUCUACACUCCUGCAAGGAAUCAAUAGUUUAGAAUGAAACACACCCCUGUAUAACUGCUGGAGCAACAACAUUUAUCAGAGGAAGUCUGACGAAGCUCCACCCCUCACUUGAGUCGCAUGAGACAAACCAGGAAACAGUUUGUUCUUCUUCACUAAAGAGACACAGACUGAAAAACCGACGAUCAGAUUCACCUUCAGACCAAACCAACAACUUCCUCUGAGUGAGUCCAGCUACAGGAGAGAGACGUGGGAAACUACAACACUGCUGCUUCAACCUGCUGAAACUCCACACUGAAGCUUCACUCAGACUAAAUGGCUUCCAGAUCAGAGGAGGAUUUCUGCUGUCCUGUCUGUCAUGACGUCUUUAGAGAUCCUGUUGUUCUGUCAUGUAGCCACAGCUUCUGUAAAGACUGUCUGAAGAGCUGGUGGAGAGAGAGACCAACACUUGACUGUCCAGUUUGUAAGAGAAGAUCUUCAAGAGAACAACCACCUUUAAACCUGGCUCUAAAGAACCUGUGUGAGGCCUUCAAACAGGAGAGAGAUCAGAGAUCUUCAGAGUCUCUCUGCAGUCUGCACUCUGAGAGACUCAAACUCUUCUGUCUGGACCAUCAGCAGCCAGUUUGUGUCGUCUGCAGAGAUUCAGAAAAACACACCAACCACAGAUUCAGACCCAUCGAUGAAGCUGUUCCACAACACAAGAAGGAACUUCAGGAAACUCUGGAGCCCUUAAAGAAGAAGUUAAAGGGUUGUGAACAAGUUAAAGAGGAGUUUGAUCAAACAGCAAAACACAUUAAGGUCCAGGCCCAACACACAGAGAGGCAGAUUAAGGAGCAGUUUAAGAAGCUGCAUCAGUUUCUAGAGGAGGAAGAGGAGGCCAGGAUCACUGCUCUGAGGGAGGAAGAGGAGCAGAAGAGUCAGAUGAUGAAGGAGAAGAUGGAGGCUCUGAGCAGAGAGAUAGCAGCUCUGUCACACACAGUCAGAGUCACAGAGGACGAGCUGAGAGCUGAAGACGUCUCAUUCCUGCACAACUACAAGGUUACAGUGGAAAGAGUCCAGCAGCGCCUCCUGCUGGAUGAUCCACAGCUGGACUCAGGAGCUCUGAUAGACCAGGCCAAACAUCUGGGUAACCUGACCUUCAACAUCUGGAACAAGAUGAAGGACAUGGUCUCCUACAGUCCUGUGAUUCUGGAUCCAAACACUGCUCAUCCAGACCUCAUCCUGUCUGAGGAUCUGACCAGUGUGAGAUUUGGAGAGAAACAGCAGCUUCCUGACAAUCCAGAGAGGAAUGAUAAAUACCACAUUGUCCUGAGCUCUGAGGGUUUUAACUCAGGGACUCACAGCUGGGACGUUGAAGUUGGAGACGAUACAUACUGGUCACUGGGUGUGUUAGCAGAGUCUGUGCAGAGGAAGAGAAACAUAUGGUCUGGAUUCUGGAGAAUAGGUUGCCAUGCAGGUAAAUACUCAGCACGGUCACCACCAGCUCCACCCACUGAUCUGUCAGUGAAGAAGCUCCAGAGGAUCAGAGUGAAUCUGGACUGGAACAGAGGAAGAUUGUCGUUCUCUGAUCCUGAUACUAACACACAGAUACACACCUUCACACACACUUUCACUGAGAAGCUGUUUCCAUACAUUAGCACUGAUGAUGAACUGAAGAUCUCACCACUGAAGAUCUCACCACUCAAGGUCUCUGUGACAGUGGAACAGAGCAGUUAGAGAUAAAGAGGAUGAUCAUAUUUAUAAUGUUGUUUAUGUCUUAAAGGGAAAAGUCAGUGAAUUUAAGGUGUGAAGCUGCCCAUUUUCUCUUUAAAUGAUGAAAAACUAAAUCUUUAAUCAAACCACAAUUGAAUGGUUUCCAGUCUGAAAUGACUCCCAGCAGCUGGGUGACCAGUGGGAAUAAUAAAGGGCUCCUGGGCCUGUUCAGUAAUCCACCCAAACUGAAGCAUGUUACUGAUUUUAAUUGAAAUGACUUAAAUGAUAAACUGCAGAAUUUAGAGUGAAAAUAGUGCAACCAUUACCUGUGUGUUAUAAGAGUUACAAAUGUCAAUAAAGUUUUGUCAAGUGAAAGAAAUGUUCACUUCAUUUGUGCAUUUGUCUCAACAAACCACAGACUGUAUCUGUCUCUCUCUUCAUGUACAAUUUGAUUAAAGGAGC